AUGUCAGCUCCAGAGACCCCUUUGCAUUGCAAGCCUGAUGACCAGACUCUGCUAAAUCGAUUAAAAGAAGUCGAUGAUACUGAAAUAUAUGAUUUGAAUUUAAAUCCAGAACUUGAGGGUAGUAAUAUAAACUUAGCCUUAAAUGAUGAUGAUGCCAAUAACCAACAACUUUCAAACCAACAAAAGAGAUCUCGUGAACCGGUGGAUGAAGAUAUGUAUGAUGAUGUCGAUGAUUUUAAACCAAGAAUAAAUAUUAGUUCCCCAUUUUCUUCUAACAGUGUAUUGAAUGAAGUGAAACAGGGGUCUGAUUUAGAAGGAAGACAUGCCAGGAGAUUGUCUUUACCACAGCAAUCAAAAUUUAUAAGUUAUUGUGAUGACCAAUUAAUGCAUAUCCAACGCCGAUUCAUACAAUCCAGAGGUUUAAACUACAAUAAUGUAGGUUACACCGAUUUGGUACCUUUAUUAAAAGACUUAAAGGCAUUGAUAGAUUUCAUUUGGUAUUCAAUUGAUGGUGUGCCGAAUACUGACUACUUACUAAAACAAGACUUAUAUGAAUUUGAAAAAGAAUUUGAUGUACUAAAUUCUGAAUUACCAGAGGAUAAAUCUACUAGUUUUGGUCAAGUAUUCUACUUGCUAAGAAUCGCAGAUGAUCUAAUUGACUAUUCUGAAAAAUUCGACAUCACACUACUUUCACUAGAAGCACAAUAUGAUACAUUAUCCAAAUUAUUCAAAUUACUGUUUAUCCUAGACAAAAUUUUUGCAAGGCUAAUCAAUGGUACUGUUCCUGGGAAGAUUAAAAUCUCAGGUACAGAUUCAGUUAGAUUAUGUGGUAUAGCUGAACGAACAAGAAUGAGAUUACCAAUAUUCUUUGAAAAGCAGAAUAUCCAAGGAUAUCAUUAUGAAUUAAGUAAAGUAUACUUGGAAAGUCUGGAGAGAUGUUCAAUAUAA